AGCGGUCUCCGAGCCGCGCCUCCGGCUAGGGCCCCCGAGGGACGCGAACACCCUCUUGGCCCCCGCUCUAGCUUGGCCUGUGGCGCUCAGUCGCGCGCUCAGCGUCCGUCUCUUGGUUCGGGUCCGACGCCCGGCCGGGCCAUGAACCGGUGCGCCGAGGCUGCGGCCGUGGCGGCCACGGUGCCGGGUGCCGGCGUCGGGGACGCGGGACUGAGGCCGCCGAUGGUGCCCCGCCAGGCGUCCUUCUUCCCGCCGCCCGUGCCCAACCCCUUCGUGCAGCAGACGCGGAUGAGCGCGGCGAGCCGGCUUUGGAUUUUCCUUCUUGGAGUUAUCCUGCUUCCAAUUCGUGCCUUACUGGUUGCAUUAAUUUUAUUAUUAGCAUGGCCAUUUGCUGCGAUUUCAACAGCAUUCUGCCCUGAAAAGCAGACCCACCCAGUAACAGGUUGGAGGAGGAAGUUUACUCAACCAGCUUUGAAGUUCCUGGGUCAUGCAAUGUUCUUUGCAAUGGGAUUUAUAGUUACCGUGAAAGGAAAGAUUGCAAGUCCUUCAGAAGCACCAAUUUUUGUUGUUGCUCCUCAUUCAACAUUCUUUGAUGGAAUUGCCUGUGUCAUCGCUGGGUUACCUUCUAUGGUAUCUCGAAAUGAGAAUGCACAGGUUCCUUUGAUUGGCAGACUAUUACGGGCUGUGCAACCAGUGUUGGUGUCCCGCAUAGAUCCAGAUUCUCGAAAAACCACAAUAAAUGAAAUAAUAAAGCGAGCAACAUCAGGAGGGGAAUGGCCCCAGAUACUAGUUUUCCCAGAAGGUACUUGUACUAAUCGUUCCUGUUUGAUUACUUUUAAACCAGGAGCCUUCAUUCCAGGAGUUCCAGUGCAACCAAUACUCCUCAGAUACCCAAACAAGCUGGAUACUGUAACCUGGACAUGGCAGGGAUAUACCUUCAUUCAGCUUUGUGUGCUUACUUUCUGCCAGCCCUUCACAAAAGUGGAAGUUGAGUUUAUGCCUGUUCAAGUACCUAAUGAUGAAGAAAAAAGGGAUCCUGUCCUUUUUGCCAGUAGAGUCCGGAAUUUCAUGGCAGAUGCUCUGGGAAUACCAGUAACAGAUCACACGUAUGAAGACUGCAGAUUGAUGAUUUCAGCAGGACAGCUAACAUUGCCCAUGGAGGCUGGGUUAGUGGAAUUUACUAAAAUUAGCCGGAAAUUGAAAUUGGAUUGGGAUGGUAUUCGUAAGCAUUUAGAUGAAUAUGCAGCUAUUGCAAGUUCCUCAAAAGGAGGAAGAAUUGGAAUUGAAGAAUUUGCAGAGUAUUUAAAGUUGCCUGUUUCAGAUGUGUUGAGACAACUUUUUGCACUCUUUGACAGGAACCAUGAUGGCAGUAUCGACUUCCGAGAGUAUGUGAUUGGCCUGGCAGUCUUGUGCAACCCUGCCAAUACAGAGGAGAUCAUCCAGGUGGCAUUUAAGCUCUUUGAUGUUGAUGAGGAUGGCUACAUAACAGAGGAAGAGUUUUCUACCAUUCUGCAGGCUUCUCUUGGAGUACCUGACCUUAACGUUUCUGGUCUCUUCAAGGAGAUAAGCCAAGGAGAUUCUGUUUCCUAUGAGGAAUUUAAAAGUUUUGCCCUAAAGCAUCCUGAAUAUGCUAAGAUAUUUACAACAUACUUAGACCUCCAGACGUGCCAUGUGUUUUCAUUACCAAAAGAAGUUCGGGCAGCUCCCUCAGUCGCAAGUAAUAAAGUCAGUCCUGAGAAUCAUGAAGAGAGCUCUUCAGACAAAAAAGAUGACUGAAAGUGAAUAUUCCUAAUGAGGAAAACGCAGCAGAUUUCACUUGAAAUUGUAAAGGCAUUUAUUGAUAGUAUUUUAAAUAUUCUUGUUGAGUAAGGAUGAAGUUGAAGUUGGAAAACUUUUUAAUAAAACUGAUAGAUUUUCUUAUUAAAAUUGCUUUUAUUCACAUGCAUAUAUUAAAUAAUAUUCCUUUUUUGUGUUUUUUGUGCUUUGUUGAUUGAUAUACUGGUGGAAAAUAUCAUGUUUUUAUGGAUUUUCCAUUUUUAUUUUCAUAUCCUAAUGAAUGUAAUGGUCUUACUUAUUGACGGGUAAGUGUUAAUCAUACUGUAGAGUUUUAAAAGUGUAAAAAUUUUAAAUUUGUAAUCUACCUUCCUCUACAUAAAAAAAAAAAGAAAUUUUCUGUAAUUUCUAAUCCCUUCCCACCUGGAAAUUAGAAAGAAGUGUCAGAGGAGCAUAGAAGAGUUUUGUACUUUUAAUUUCACAGAUUCAUUUAUUCCAUUUGCAUUUCAGUUUCUUGGGUCACUGAAUAUCAGUGGUUGGAAUGGAGAACUCCAUUAAUUAGAUGAGACUCCUUGAGAACUCGUUCUCCUUAGUAUGCAUCUGUAUAACAGAUUUUCUUAACUACCUGCCGAGGAAGUAAUAUUCUUCUGCAUGAUCUUCAGGCUUAGAACUUUGUUGUAAAGACAGAUGCUGUGACCAAAGUCUUAGUGGGAAUUGCUUUAUUGACAGUAACAUUGAUUGCAUAAUGAGAAUAAUGAAUUGUUUGUCAUAGAGUUAAAUUUAAUUUGAAUUGGAUAGUUCAGAAUGUAGUUCUUGCCCGAUAAAUGAAACAGAUUUGCUCUAUUUAUAUGAUAUUAAAAUUAAUAUAUUUUACCAUCCAAAUAGUUUUAUUUUUGUUUAGUCCCCCCUCAAAUUUUAGAGCUUGUCUGAAAUAUCAACUUGGAAAAUACAAAAGAUUCCAAAGAGUCACCAAAAACUAGGGAAUCCACAAACCUACUUUACUGAUGAAAAACCACAAUUUGAGCCCCAAGCAGGACUCUAACAGUGACAUUUUUCCUUUAGGGUAAGCAAUAAUGCCACUCAAGUCCCAUUUUUAUUAGUUCUCAUGAAUGCAUACAGUUAAUAUUAUUCAUUAUUUAUGUUUGAUUUUGAACAAAGAACCAAUUUAUUAAUAUAAUAUAGAACAGUAGUUGCUUCAUAUUCUGAACUCAGUCCUUGAAAUCAAACUCUUUGUUUUGGCUGUUUCUGCAUGUGUUGAAGAUUCACCCCAGUCUAGUUUUUUAAAUCCACUUUUGAAGUGGAGACAAUCUUCAUUGAAGUGUCACAAGAGGUAUCAGAGUUUAUAUUUAAUCUAGAGUCAUGAUUUCAAGCGCUUUGUCAUACUAAGCAAUUAGUAUUCUAAUAUUACUGGCAGAUAUGUAUUUGGAAAAUUGAAUAUCAAAAACUUGCAUCCUUAAGUAUAUAUAGUUGUUUGCUUUUUAUCUGUCUUAUUCUAUUUAGACAAGGCAUUGAAAGAGCUGAAAAUAAUUGUUUAAUCAGAACAGUACAUCUUUAUAAUAGUGUCUGUCAUAUGUGAUUAAAUGUAUAUGAUACUCAGGUACCAUGAUUGUUUAUCGCAGAAAAUCCUCAUAUUAAUCCCAUUAAUCAUGAAAGCAUGGCAUUGUAAAUUAAAGGCUUCCUAUAAGGCUAUUGCAAGUGAUCCCAUUGUUUUCCUGUCUUAAAAUAAUAUCUUACACUCCUUGAUUCUGCUAAUCGUCUGUCACUGUAAUAUUCCUAUUUUAUUAUUAUGAUACUGAAUAAACAAACUUGCCACAUAAAAUCA